GGACUUGAUCUGUCUGCUUAUCUCUGAGGUCUCUCAAAGGCCUUCCCUUAUGCCUGGCAGACUUAACUUGCUUAGGUUUGUAUCAUCCCCUUUAGAUGGUUAACCCAUUGAAAGCCUGGUCCAGGUCAUUAGCCCUGUCUCUCCAGCUCCUAGCACAGUGCCCCGCACGCACUGGACACUCAAGUGUGUCAAGCAUCAGGAGCAGCUCAGUUCCUGUGAAUUCAUCCAGAAUAAAUGUGCUGUGAGUGCACUCUGGGCAAUCUGCUUCUCUCUGGGUCAUGUUGCCUAUUAGUUAGACAUGCCACCCAACAUCCGAUCCCGCAUUUCAGUGGUUUACGAUAAAUAUGCCCAUUGUCUCUUCUUAUUGGGAAGCUGAGCAGAAAGAAAACAGUAUCUGUUUGCAGAACUGGCACUGGCAGCCACACUCACUGAUGCCUGUCCCUGCCCAUGGGUGGAGCAGUGGGGUGACUCUGCUGCCUGCUCCUCAUUGGCCCAUCCUCCACCCCUGUUCUCCUGAGAAGUCAAGUAUGGAUUUUGCCUGCUAGUUACCUUUAGCCCAGUGGGCAGCCGCAGAGCCCUCGGCAUGUGACUAAUGCCCUGAAAGACCUUGGCAGGCCGGGUAAGCGCCGGCUGAGCUCUGCAGCCCCACCCCCCUCGUCGCCCUUUUCUGUUGCUGCAGUGGCGUGUCACCUAGCAGUCAGCUGUCGGUGGCACAGAUGAAUUCAGCUUGGGGAACCACCAACACAGGACCAUGCAAGCCCACGAACUGUUCCGGUAUUUUCGAAUACCAGAGCUGGUUGACCUCCGGCAGUACGUGCGCACCCUUCCCACCAACACGCUCAUGGGCUUCGGAGCUUUCGCGGCUCUCACCACUUUCUGGUACGCCACGAGGCCUAAGGCCCUGAAGCCACCAUGCGACCUCUCCAUGCAGUCAGUGGAAGUGGCGGGUAGUGGCGGAGCUCGAAGGUCCACGCUGCUGGAUGGUGACGAGCCCCUGGUGUAUUUCUAUGACGACGUCAGAACCCUGUACGAGGGCUUCCAGAGGGGUAUCCAGGUGUCAAAUGAUGGCCCUUGUUUAGGCUCUCGGAAGCCAGACCAACCCUAUGAGUGGCUUUCCUACAAACAGGUGGCCGACUUGUCGGAGUGCAUCGGCUCAGCGCUGCUGCAGAAGGGCUUCAAGGCCGCGCCCGAUCAGUUCAUCGGCAUCUUUGCUCAGAACAGACCCGAGUGGGUGAUUAUUGAACAGGGAUGCUUCACUUACUCCAUGGUCAUCGUUCCACUUUAUGAUACCCUUGGAACUGAAGCGAUCACGUACAUCGUCAACAAAGCUGAACUCUCUCUGAUUUUUGUUGACAAGCCGGAGAAAGCCAAUCUGUUGUUGGAGGGUGUAGAAAAUAAGUUAACGCCAGGCCUCAAAGUCGUGGUUGUCAUGGACUCCUACGGCAGUGACCUGGUGGAGCGAGGCAAGAAGUGUGGGGUGGAGAUCAUCAGCAUGAAAGCCAUGGAGAACCUGGGAAGAGCCAACAGGAGGAAGCCCAAGCCUCCAGCACCGGAAGAUCUUGCAGUAAUUUGUUUCACAAGUGGAACCACAGGCAACCCCAAAGGAGCGCUGAUCACUCAUCGAAAUGUAGUGAGCGAUUGUUCAGCUUUUGUGAAAAUGACAGAGGUAACUUUUGGGGAUGUUGUCAUCUUUCUUCAUAUUUAUUGAUUGGCCCUAAGCCUCAAGAAUGAGAGAGAGAGAGAGAAAGGUCUUCCUUCCGUUGUUUCACUCCCUUUUAAAUGGCUGUUACGACGGGCGCACUGCGCCAAUCCGAAGCCAGGAGCCAGGUGCUUCCUCCUGGUCUCCCAUGGGGUGCAGGGCCCAAGCACUUGGGCCAUCCUCCACUACACUCCUGGGCCACAGUAGAGAGCUGGACUGGAAAAGGAGCAACCAGGACAGAACUGGUGCCCCAACCGGGACUAGAACCCAGAGUGCUGGCGCCGCAGGCAGAGGAUUAGUCUAGUGAGCUGCAGCGCAGGCCGAAGCUUCAUUUGGAUGCUUCUAUGUAAAUAAUUCUGGCAAAGGAGGAAGAAGAGAUGACUCUCAUG